GGUCGUUAUGAUCGUUGUGUUAGUUUGUGGAUAAGGAGAUGUGAGUUCCAUAAUUACCACGUUGUGCGGUUGUCAAGUGUUAUAUAAACAAUGGCUGCAACUAUUGGAUAUGUGAACGUAAUCAAAAGAUCAGGGAAGGAAGGAUCACGUUUCCCAGUUACUGAAGAUUGCCUAAUUGGUAGUGGACUUCAUUGUGAAAUUAGAAUUCAUUUAGCUGAUGUUGCUGUAGAGCAUUGUUUAAUUCAGUGCCAGGAAGGGGGAAAGUGCUCACUAAAGAACUUAUGUAAACAAAUGCCAACUAAACUAAAUGGUACUGAUGUUACUGAAGUUGCAAUACUGCACCACGGAGACACUAUCAGUGUAUCUGACCGUUUGUUCCGUUGGGAAUAUGAAGAACUACCACAAAUUUCUUCUGUUAUGAAGCCAACUGUGGCACUGCUGCCACGUAAUGUGACAGAUGAUAUGGGAUCUUCAAAGCGACUGGUGGCUGUUGUAUCACCACAGAUCAGAGAAAGACAGGAAACAUCACAGUCUCUUAGGACGUGGGUACUACGUAGGUCAGUAGGGAACAGCUUGUCAAGUCGCACCCGGCAUCCUGCUAAGACGGUGGAAGGAAGGCGGAGUACUUCCUUGGUUAAAUUUGGUCCCCAGGAUUCUGAUCAGUCUGCAGUAUCAGAUGACAAGACUCCGCGCUUAGUAAAUGUCACCCGCCGUACCAGUGUUACAAGUUCAGUGAAAAAAUCACUGCUAAAAGUAACACCACAUGUAAGAAAAUCUGGUGGUGCCUCUACUGUACAACCAAUUCCUUUUGAAACACCUCACACUGUUACAUCUGUUAUGAGUGGCAGUGUUUCUGAUUUGGUGGAAACACCAGUGUCAAAAACAUCACGUGUAAAGAGAUCAAGUAUAUCUUACAGUGUCACCCCUCGCUCGCGAAAAUCAGUGCAAAUGGGAAGACUCUCUCACAGUGUGCCAUCUUUAAAAAAGACUCCUAAUGCAGAGGAAACAGUUGCAGUUUCUUCACCAAGAAGGUCCUACAGGAAGGACCCCUUAGGAGUUUCGUCAAGUGUUAAAUCUGCAAAUGCUACACCAGAUGGGAAGUUAUUUGGAGGGGAGACUCCAGGUGUCUCACAGGUUAAAAUUGGUGCCCAGGAUUCUUAUCAGCCUGCAGUACUGGAUAGCAAGACGCCGCACUCAGUAAAUGUCUCCCGCCGUACUAGUAUUAAAAGUUCAGUUAAAAAAUCGCUGCUGAAAGUAACACCAAAUCCGCGAAAAUCUGGUGGUGCAGAACCAAUAGCUUGUGAAACACCUCACACGUUUAACUCGGAUAUGCGUGAUAGUGUUUCCGAUUCAGUUGAAACACCAGUGUCAAAAACAUCACGUGUAAAGAAGUCAAGCAUAUCUUACAGUGUCACCCCUCGCUCGCGAAAAUCAGUGCAAAUUGGAAGACUCUCUCACAGUGUGCCAUCUCUAGAAAAGGCUCCUACUGCAGAGGAAACAGUUGCAGUUUCUUCACCAAGAAAGUCCUAUAGGAAGGACACCUUAGGAGAGUCCUCAAGCGUUAAAUAUGCAAAUGCUACACCAGGUGGGAUGUUUAUUGGAGGGGAGACUCCAGAUUUCUCACAGGUACAAUCGUUGGGCAAAAGAUCACAAAGGUAUAGCCAAAAAGUUCCUGCUGCAGAUAAUUCAGCAACCAUAGUACAGUCUCCAGAUUUAUUCUCGUCAGAUCAGAUGCCCUCCAAUGGAGAAGUGGCACAGCUAAAAGAAUUGCAGAAAUCGUCUGCAUCUGCUGUGGCUGAGAGACCCAAAAGAAAAUCAGCUGGACUGCUGCUUGCGCACAUUCGUGAAAGUCAGGAAUUGUUUUCUCGUAGCCGUAGAAACUCUACUCCUUCAGCAAAUACUGACAAAAUAAACACUAGGUCAGCAAGAGCUUCAAUGAUUGUGCCUAAGAAAAGUAAACUUUCUUCCACGCCCAUAUCACAGUCAAAGACACCUCGCAAGCUUAAAUCCCUUCGGGCAAUGUCAGCAAAAGCAGCCAAGCGAAGAUUGACUGAUGUAGACCUCUCGGAGAUUGCUGCUAAUAAGCUAAAAGCUAAAUCACCUAAAACUCCAGAUAAGAAGAAAAUGGCAGCUUUGCUUCAGUGUCAUAAGCCUCGAAUGCUCUUUUCAGAAGUUGUGAAGAAAACUCCAGUGAAGAAGAACAUUGUUGCCAAGCUACCAUCAGUGCCAAUAAGUCGACGUAGAAAGGUGCCCAAGAAACCCAAGGUUCAUACUCCAAGAAAGGCUUCUGUGAAAGGAAUAAAUUCCACUGGGCAUGUUGAUUCACCGGAGACAAUAAUAAUCCAUGGCAAACAAAGUAUGGCCUUGAAAAGAACAAUUCAAAAAAUUAAGGAAGAAAGUGAAUCUCAGAAAAUUACAGCCACAGCUCCUAAGUUUGAAGACACAAAAGAUGUUGAAACUUCAGUUUCAGUCAAAGAGUCAUCUCGUGAAAUGAACACCAGGAAAAGUGUCAGCUUCUCACCAGCACCACAAGUGGUGGCAUUUGCAGCUUCAAGACGAAUAAGUACACGUAAAUCUAUGAAAAUUCCUAAUAUCACAGAAGAGAAUUGUGGCAUGCUUUCGCCAAACGAUUCGAAUUUGUUGGAGACACUUCCUAACCGAAAGACUAGUAUAUUAAAAAAAUCAUCUUCAGUAGAAACACGCACAGAACUAAUGGAAAUUGAUGAUAAUUCUUCUGCAAUAACUAAUUUGGAAAGAGUUCGUAAUAGUUCUGUUGUAUCAAGUACUCCUGUCAGAGUUUCAGAAAGGCAGAAAGGUAGAACACCUUCACAGUCACCAAGCACUCCCAAGAUGAAGGUUAGGAUGGGAAAAUCUUCAAAGUGUGUGUCAGUAACCAACCAGAGUCCGGAAGCAUUAAAUACAAGCAUUGUGUCACAGGCAAGCAGUACGUUUGAUUUUGACGCUGUCACUACUCCCUGUAUAUCAGUUGAAAAACUAGUUUCACCCUUAAAUACCACCAGUUCAAAAAAACAAAUAAACAGCGAUUCAGCUAAACGUAAUGUAAACAUUUCUGCACAAAAAAUAUUCAAAGAUCUUGUAGCAGAUAAAGUUAUCGACACUAGUAAAUGGCAUUACCAUGAUACGAACGCAGCAACCAGUGCAACUGAUGCCUGCAAUUGGACAGGUUCGGAGCCCUUGGCCAUGUCAUCAAGCAGGAAAAGUGAUCGAAGAUCAGUGUCAUUUCCUGUAAAUCGUUACUCCACAAGGAAAUCACAAGGUAAAAGAAGUUCUGAAGAGGUGUAUAAUCAGCAUGAUGUGGCCUCACCGUCCAAAAAAAGAAAAGUAUCAGUUAACACACAAGAAGAGUCAUUUAUUUCUAAAGAUGCAGGUGGCUUUCUUGUAAACAAACUUGAGCAGCUUCCGGGUGUAGCAGUAGCAUCAUCGCCAAAGCUUGACAGAAAUAGUGGAAGGGUUCAUAGAAUAUCUCAGCAGCCAGUGAUUGUUGACUCAAAUGAUAUUGAAGAUGCCAAGAAAGAUUUAAGAUCAUCUAAGAAAUCUUUACCUGAUGCUUUGCUCAGCAAAGGAUAUGUUAAACAGCAGUCUCCCUCUGUUAGACAAAGAAAGUCUACAAUUAAUGAUUUAAGAGAUGUUACAGGUGUCACAAGACUAUUUGACACUACAAAGAAACAAGGAUCUCCUGCAAAUGAUCUUACUGAUGUGAGAGGUGUAAAACAGCUUUUAAAAACUCCAAAGCAGCAGAAACUGCCAAAGAAUGAUUUGACAGAUGUUAGAGGUGUAAAACAGGUGUUGAAAACUCCAAGAACACAGAAAUCACCACGAAAUGACCUUACUGAUGUAAGAGGUGUGAAAAGACUACUCCGGUCUCCAUUACAUCGUCAGAAAUCACCACAGAAUGAUCUUACAGAUGUGAGGGGGGUGAAAAAGCUUUUCAGAUCUUCAAAAAAACAAAUGUCUCCCAAAAAUGAUCUAACUGAUGUAAGAGGUGUGAAAAAAUUACUUCAGUCUCCAAGGCAACAGAAAUCACCACGAAAUGAUCUAACUGAUGUAAGAGGUGUGAAAAAAUUACUUCAGUCUCCAAGGCAACAGAAAUCACCACAGAAUGAUCUCACUGAUGUGAGAGGUGUGAAAAAAUUGCUUCAGUCUCCGAGGCGACAGAAAUCUCCACAGAAUGAUCUCACUGAUGUGAGAGGUGUGAAAAAAUUGCUUCAGUCUCCGAGGCAACAGAAAUCUCCACAGAAUGAUCUCACUGAUGUGAGAGGUGUGAAAAAAUUGCUUCAGUCUCCGAGGCAACAGAAAUCUCCACAGAAUGAUCUCACUGAUGUGAGAGGUGUGAAAAAAUUGCUUCAGUCUCCGAGGCAACAGAAAUCUCCAAGAAAUGAUCUCGCUGAUGUGAGAGGUGUGAAAAGGUUACUCCAGUCUCCUAGGCAACAGAAAUCUCCACAGAAUGAUCUCACUGAUGUGAGAGGUGUGAAAAGGCUACUCCAGUCUCCUAGGCAACAGAAAUCCCCACAGAAUGAUCUCACCGAUGUGAGAGGUGUGAAAAGGCUACUCCAGUCUCCUAGGCAACAGAAAUCCCCACAGAAUGAUCUCACCGAUGUGAGAGGUGUGAAAAGGCUACUCCAGUCUCCUAGGCAACAGAAAUCCCCACAGAAUGAUCUCACCGAUGUGAGAGGUGUGAAAAGGUUACUUCAGUCUCCUAGGCAACAGAAAUCUUCGCAAAAUGAUCUAACUGGUAUGGAAGGUGUGAAAAGAUUACUUCAAUCGCCUAGGCAACAGAAAUCUGUGCAGAAUGAUCUCACUUAUGCAGGAGAUGUGAAAAGGUUAGUUGAACCUGAGUCCCAUAAAAAUACUAACCCACCUCGAACUCGCAGGGGUAAAGUGCAAGUUACUGGUGGAGAUACUAUGGUCUCAGAUGAAAAGCAGCAGAAAUCUGAAACAGCAAACAACUUGGAGCAGAGAGACUUACUUAUUAUGUCUAGUGCUGGGCACACAUCACCUAAUGUUACGAAUGUACCUCAGACACGCAGGACUAGAAAACAAGCUGUCGCUAAGGAAAUGAUUAAUAGUAAUCUUCAGGCUUCGGCUGAGAGUACAUCACUACCUAGGACCCACAGGGGAAAGAAGGUUACUGUUACAGUUUCAAAGUCAAGUGAAGAGGUGAAAUCUCAAUCUGUUGUGGAAACUGACAUUUCUGUAGAAGUAUGUGAACAAAACGACUUGUUUGUUCAUCCCACCAAGCUUGCUUCAUUAGACACUGCCUCUUCACCUAGAACUCGCAGGGGCAGAAAACAAAUCAUGAAUAAUAAAAAAGUUGGGGAGGAAUUAGAGCAAUUUCGUGAUGUGUUGCAGAAGCAUGAAGAGGAUGUUUUAAUUAAAACAAGUCAGCUUGUUUCAACUGUCGCUGUUUCUCCACUUAAAACUCGAAGGGGUAAAAAAUAUAUUGAAAAAAGUAAAGAGCAGGAUGAAGAUCUGAAGUCAGUGUCUCAUAGCAGCAAACUUAAACCUGAAGUAGAAACCCACAAAUUGACACAAAAUCAACAAGAAAUGCAGUCUGUUAAUGACGGUGAAACUGCUUCACUAAAAAUACGUGGUGGUAACAGAGGAGAUGUUUCCAAGCAGCAGAGGAAGAAAGCUGUAACUUCACUGAGUGGUAAUAACAGUGCAGAAUCAAGAGAGAGUGAUACUUUGUCACCCAAGCCUCAACAGAAAAGAGUAAUUUUUGCAGAUGUAUUACAUGCAUCUUCACCAAGUAACAGUCCUUCAUCAAGGACACGUAGAGCUAAAAAGCAGGUAGUUAAUGAGGAAUCUGAAAAAAAAGGUGGUUUAAAAGCUGGCGACCAGUUAUUGUCAGAUGAGUGUGACAAACCAGUGGGUAAGCGUCACCAGAGAAAAUUAGUGAAUGCAGAUAGUGUGGAAUACAGCCCCUCAACUAUUUCUGGCCAGUCCAGAACCCGAAAGGGAAGAAAAUUUCAUACUGCUACUGUGAGUGAGGAGUUGAAAUUACCUUUCAAAACUCCAAGCCCCCGUGAUUAUAAAACAGAUGGCACAACAGCUAUAGCAGAAUCGGAACAAAGUAAAGUAAGUGACAGUGUAUUCAUUGAUUCUAAUACUAUCAGCCCACUGAAACCAAGGAGAGGUAGGAAAGCUGGAACCGUAACAGUUUCUUCCACUGCGGAAAUGAGAGAGAGAACAGAAAUAAAUAGGAAUCUUGAUAAAAACAUUGCAACAUCUGUUGCUCACACGUUAGACACAGGUCUUGCUGACAACAGCACAUGUGAGGUACCUGUCGUGGCUUCCUCAAAGAGAACAUUACGUGGAAAAAAAGAAAAUGUUACUCGGCUUGCUGCAACCACUGUACCUUCAUCAGAUAAAAGUGAAACUGAAGAGAGGAACAGUGUAAAAAGUACAAGAGCAGGUAGAAAACGUGCAGUAAAUCUAGAGAAUGGUUUUUCAGCUGUAAGUAUACAAAUAGGUUCUAGCAAAGAUACAGCUAUUAUUGACAGUCCUCCACCUAAGAGGUCGCGGAGGGUCAGAAUUCGUGGUGACAUGGAAGAAGGGAAGCCAUCUUCUCGUUCAGAGUUGAUUGAGCUAAACAGUACACAGACAGAAACAGAAUCCACAGACGACAGCAUUGAAAAGCGGUUACAUGGUCUUACUCACAAAACAAGGCAGGCUACAGUCUGUGAUGCAUCCAAAAUUGUUGAUCAACCAGAUGAAGCUAGUGAAGAGAGAACUUCAAGCAGGAGACGUGGGGUGAGGCAGCACAAGAAAGAGACAAAUAAAAAUGAACUUGGAAAUGGGCAAAGUACAGAUGAAGCAGAGCAGAGAAGUACACGGAGUAAAAGGAAGCAUGUUCAGGAGACUGGUGAAAGAUCUCCGAGAAAGAAGAAAAACACACAAUCUGAUAGAUUAUUGGAUGUCUCUUCAGAACCCAGAGUUGUCUCACCUAGAGCAACAAGACAACGUAGAAAUCGUCGCACGUGACCUUCCUUGGCCUUCUGUUCCAGUACAAAUAUACAUGAGUGACCUAACCUCUAUGGUGGUUUUUUUUUUUUUUUUUUUUUAAAUUGUCAAUUCAGAUUAUAUUUUAAAUACGACAAUAGGUUUAUUUCUGUGUAACAGAUGUAGUUAUAUAACAAACUGUACAUACAUUAGUAGGUUGUAGCUAGUAUUGUGGAAUUUUUGUUUUAAUAAUAAGAGCUAGACCAUUGGGGUAUUAUUUUUACUUCCCAUGGAUUAUUGUACUCUUGUAAUGACUGUCGUGUGUUAUUAACCCUCAAUAGUCAUCCAUUUUAAGUAUUAGUCGAGGCUAAAUACCUCGAGCGUACUUCAGCUGACUUUAAAUUUUAUUUGAAAAGUUAUUGGAUUUGAAUAUAAUUUUAAGUGUUAAAGAUCUCACCCAAAACAUAUAUUUUGAAUGCAAGCUAGAGAGAAGAUACCCACCAAUACAGCUAAUAUUUUGUCAUGGAGUAUAGCCUUUUCCAAACUAAAUAUUGCAUAGUAGUUCAAUUGUAAUAAGUUUUUUAAUAUUACUUUAAUAUAUAAGAACCAUAGAUGAUUUAGAGAAUUGUAAUAUUUUAAAGUGAAAUAAGAACUUCCAUUUUCACUUAUUUUUAAAAAUACUGUAGCUGUUUCUUCUUCUUAACCAUAUUCUCUAAUUGUUAAUAGGCGCUGUCUUGGAGAUCUAAUUUAAACUGACUGUUCUGCUAUUGUCACCUGUCCUACAAGCACACCAUUGUAGAAUUCAAAAGUAGUAUUUCAGUUUUAUUCACAAUUUCUUCUAUAAUGUAGAGCAUUGUAUAAAAGACUUAAUUGUCUUUCCACUUUGGUUUAUUCACAUUUUGUAAUGACUGUAAUCACGUGUAAACUAAUUGUUAUUAAUUUAUAUUUCCUCCAUGUUUCCAAAUUUUUCUGUUUAGAAUUGUGUGUGAACUUUGCUACUUUCACUGGCAGAUAUUUUAACUAUUACAGUUGGCAUAUGCUAUGCUGUGUGUCCAGCUCCUAUUCCCAUGUUUUUGUUUCAUCUAUCUUCACUGGUUCAUUAUUAUACAUAACAAAUAUUUUAGCCAAAUUUGGCAUCUUGUAAGAGGUUUUGCCAUUCUUGGGAAAUGUGAACUCUUUAGUCAACCAGAGAUAUUAGAUUUCUUUUAUCAGCAGAUCAUCACUUAUAAAGGGAACGUAUUAAUUGAAGAUUGAACAGAGUAUUGCAUACCAUUUUCAUAUUACAUGCAGUGUUUUUAGAAAUGUGGAUGGGUGAGAAGGUCCUUACACACCACACAAUUUAAAACUGUACUUCAUUGAAGUAUGUAAUUAAGUUUAAUGUUGGGUGUAUCACACAGUCUUGUAUGGUGCAAUGUCUUUUUAUAUAACAACAUUGUAAUGUAUUGGUUUUGUAUCUCCGGCAUAAAUCAGUGUUAAUGAAUUAAUGAUGCACUACUUCCAAGAGUUUAAAAGUAGUUGUAAGUUUACAUAUAGCAUUGUUAAAUUUAAAAAUCCAAAAGGGUGUAAAUAUUGUAGGUAUUUAUUGCCACAGUGAGACAUUAGUUUCACUAUCAUCUUAAAGUAAAGUGCAGACAUAUUGUGUUUAUGUGGAAAUAGGUGCAAGGAAUUUUGAGAAAAUUUGAAACACAAUAACUUGGUUGCUUGCACAGUUACAUACGUGAAGGGAUCGGAGAGAUAGUCUUAAGCCACAUGUAACUAGUUUUGAUAUACAGCAACAGUCCAUGUUCCCUGGACAGCUAUAAAUGUUCAGUACAAAAUAGAAAUCUUCUUGGUUUUGUACAUAAUAGUUUAUUAGUAAGGUGUGUAGUAAAAUACUCGACUCAAUGCAUUGUAAUUAUAUUGAAUCAUUUUACUUAAGAUAUAGUCAGUAGUGGCUUAUUACUUUAUCUCCCAGAAAAGAAUGUAGAAUGCAAAAUAUGAAUUUGUAAGGAAUUAUUUUGAACUACACUAAAAACAGUGACCAGUGUAUAUAAUUUUUACAUAUUUAUAUAUGUGCAAAGGUCCUUCGGAUUAAUAAAUUAUUUUAGUGACUUAGCUACAUCAAGAGAGUUCCUCUAACUCAUAAUUGUUCACAUUAUUUCCAAUAGAUGACUGAAAGAAGUGUUAGUUUGCUGCAGAUAUGUACGCCAUGAGAGAUAGUACACCAUAAUUUUUUUCCUGCAUAAUCAGAAGUGGCUCUCUAUAUUUUACUGCCAGCUGAAAUGGGUAUGGUUCAGCAAGCCUUCAUUUCUUUUCCUCAUAAUACGGAUAUCCACUGAUGCAAGGGCUCCUUUGUCAGAAUAGCAGUGCUCCACACUUUGGUUGAAUAGCUUCACUGAAAUGAAUGAGAUCUACGAAUGUGAGUAAGGUGUGUUUAGAGAUUGCCUUAAGAUUAUCCAACACCCAGACGUCUUAGAUUUGGCACUUUGGUCAGAAUGAAAUUUUUUAUUGUAUUUUACUACCACAACUUCAUUGCAGACACAAUCACAAUUGCAAAAGAGUCUAGUGUGCCCUGCCACAGGACAGUAAUGGUGGGCAGAUUUAAAUCUUUUGGUAACAACGAGAGAGACUUCCGAAGCACAAAAGCCCAAAUUCUUUCUCUACUCCUUGCUGUUACCUGAUUAUGUGGAAAUGUUUUGUUAGAGGAUUAGUUAACUUCAAAUAUUUUAUCCAGCAGCUCUGAACUUCAUCUGAACCCCUUUAUCUUUCUCACUCCAUAGAAAUACAUAUCCCUUUCUGAUCCACAGUUGUGGAUACUGCAAUCUCUCCAUACUAUAAUCUUGUCAAAUGCUAGAUCAACUGUUUGGAUGUGGGAACAUGUAGUGUUUAACUGUAAAACCCAUCGUAAUUUACACAUUACAUUCUUCAAUCUUCUUGCCUGUUCUGUAACCCAAGAACCCUUGAGAAAGCUUCCUUGCAAAUCAUGCCUUUCAUUCCAUAUAUCUUAAUGUUAUUUAAAAAUUUAAGAACUGUAGAUUACACUUUGUGGGUAAUCCUUUUUGGAAUAGCUAUGAAAGAAAGAUAAAAUAGAAUGAAAUAAAAUUACUCAUAAAAUACUAGUCAAUUUAUCUGUAUAAAACAAACUUUCACAUUUGAUACCAUACUUAUGCAACUUGUCAGGUAAGUAUUCUGGGCGUUAAAAUUUUCUGUAUCCAAACAGAAUAAAAAAAUAUUUUCUUCUUUCCCAUGUAGUUUUAUGUAGCACUUGGUCCAGCAGGUACACGAACUUCCGAAAGAGGUUCCAUGGACAGUCUUAUUUUGAAAACCCACACCACUGACCAAUUUGAGAUUUGACUGCCCCCCCCCCCCCCCCCCUUUCAAAACAAAUACUUCAGUGUUUAGCUUUUCCUGAAUAUUUAGGUUUGUGACAUGAUUCUUCGUUCACAGUACUUAUUCCAUGCUGUAAAAAGAACAAAAUAGUCUCAGAACUUCGUUGAGAUAGUUGUAAGGCACACAAAAUACUGCUAAAAUGGCAUUCAUGAAAAAUAUUUGUGUUAUUAAAACUAUAUUAUUACAGCAUUAAGUAGUCUUUGAAGUAUGCCCAUAAAAUUUUCCCACUACCACAAAAAACGCAUUCAAAUGUGUGAACAACAUUAGAACAACAAUGAUUACCAGUAAAUACUAGUACAUACAGAAAUGUUAUGAGCUGGAACUGUAGCUCAAUGGAUGCCAGGAUUCAUCACUGUCAGUAUCAAAAUGACCACAUUAGUUUCCACUACUCUCAUUGGCAACUAUUCGUUAAAUAUGUGAACAAGGUUCAGAUGCUCCUGAGCUAGCUGCCAUUUUGCUGUGAUAAGUCUGUCUUCUAAAAAUACCACCAGAUGGUAAAGUACAAAACUUCACUGCCAUUUCCUGCCAUCUGUUGCAAAAAGACUAAGCUUUUUUGAGAAAAUAUGGGUAUUUUUAAAAAUGUCAUUGCAUGGAAAAACUCAAUUUUGAAAAAAUUGUGGCUUAAGACAGUCUCUUUGACCCCUUCAUAUUUUUGAUUGGUGUGUGUACUAGUAACGUGUAGUGCAAUCUGAAGAUGCUGACAAAUUGUGUAAAUAAAAAAUUUUAAUAGUUAUUUUAUUCAUUAAAAUUUGUCUUGUUAA